CCCUGGUUUUGAAGCGCGCAGAAGGCAACCACGGGCGGCGAACCCAUGAAGAAAUCAAAGCAAACCCAACUGAACCCAAACUGGGUUCAACUCCAACAAAAGCUGAAGCUGAAUGGCUCCAAGGCUUCAAGGACCUUCAACAAUUCAGAAGAAGACACCCCAAAAUCAAUAUUGGGGAAGCGUAAAGAAAGGCAAGAUGAUGAAUCCAAUGAUUGUCAGAUUAAUCCUCUUAUUCCUGUAAAUGGCGAUUCAAGUCUGACAGAUGCAGUUGCCAUGGAUUGUGAAAUGGUUGGCGUUGGUGAAGGAAACAAAAGUGCCCUUGGAAGAGUAACGCUGGUUAAUAAGUGGGGAAAUGUUAUUUAUGACGAGUUUGUUCGGCCAAUUGAGCGGGUUGUUGACUUCCGCACUAAAAUUAGUGGCAUAAGACCUCGAGAUUUGAAAAAAGGAAAAGAUUUUUGGACUGCUCAGAAGAAUGUGGCAGAGUUGAUCAAAGGAAGGAUCCUUGUGGGUCAUGCCUUGAACAAUGAUUUUAAGGCAUUAUUAUUAGGUCAUCCCAAAAAGGAUAUACGGGAUACCUCCGAGUACCAACCAUUUCUAAAGUCAAGUAAGAGAAGAGCACUGCGGCAUCUUGCUGCAGAACUUCUUGGUGUUAAGAUCCAAACAGGAGAGCACUGCCCGAUAGAGGAUGCCCGAGCUGCUAUGCUGCUUUACCAAAGAAACAGAAAAGAAUGGGAGAAUAGCAUAAAAGAUCAAUUUCGGUUCAAACAGAAACAAAAGAAACAGAAGCAGAAAAAGAAGCAAAAGAAUGAAGAUGCUUCAAAUGCCAACCACACUGGAAUUGGAUCAUAGCAUCAGGUGCCCCUUUAAUAUAAAAAGAUUCUGGUCAGGGGACCUCUCCUUCAAUGGUUUUUGUAUUGCUUAAAUUUGAAUUUGAACGAAAAUUAGUUUUUGACAUAGUUAAUGUAAGAUCAAUAUUUGCUAGCUCGCUCGCACUGUUGUUCAUUCUUUAGUAUAUUAACAUUAGAAUGUACUUUGA